GCUCUUUAAGCCCUAAUUAUCCUUUCGAAAUUCUCUGAUCAAAUCGCCGCCUCCUUCCGCCGCUCAUUCUCUCUCGCCAGUCUGAUUAAAAUGCCGAAGAUCGAAAGCUUGCUCAAUCCAUCCGCCUUCAACCUAUUUUCCUCCAAAUCCUUGUUCAAUCCUUCCAUUUCCAGUUCCUCCAUUUUCUCGCCCGCUCCGCGAUUGCGCAGAAUAAGUUCUCCGUCGUCGCUGUCGAUUAGGUGCUCGGCAACUCACCAAAUGGAGGCUGUGGUUGAUUCUGUAAGUCCAGAGCAGUUCCGAGUAGAUGUUCUCUCGGAAUCACUGCCAUUCAUACAGAAAUUUCGAGGUAAAACGAUUGUUGUGAAGUACGGUGGGGCCGCUAUGAAAUCGCUGUCGCUCCAGGCUUCGGUUGUUAAUGAUCUUGUACUUCUGUCCUGCGUCGGCCUUCGUCCGAUCUUGGUCCAUGGCGGCGGGCCGGAAAUCAACAACUGGCUCAAACGGCUCAACAUUGAGGUCGUUUUCCGCGACGGUCUUCGUGUGACCGACGCCGAAACGAUGAAAAUAGUGUCGAUGGUGUUGGUCGGCGACGUGAAUAAGAACCUGGUUUCGUUGAUCAAUAAGGCCGGAGCAUCGGCUGCAGGGCUCUGCGGUGUGGAUGGGCGGCUACUGACGGCUCGUCCAGCCCCGAACGCGGCACAGUUAGGAUUUGUAGGCGAGGUUGCACGUGUGGAUCCUACGGUUCUACAGGCACUUCUGGACAAAGGCCACAUUCCGGUGGUUUCUUCGGUGGCUGCCGAUGAGUCGGGGCAGAUGUACAAUAUCAACGCGGAUACAGUUGCCGGAGAAUUAGCGGCGGCGCUGGGGGCGGAGAAGCUGAUCUUACUGACGGAUGUGGCGGGGAUUCUGGAAGACCGUGACGAUCCGAAAAGCUUAGUGAAGCAGAUAGACAUUAAAGGGGUGAAGAAGAUGAUGGAAGAGGGAAGAAUCGGCGGAGGGAUGAUUCCAAAGGUGAAUUGUUGUGUCCGAUCGUUGGCUCAAGGGGUGAGGACGGCGAGUAUCAUUGACGGGAGGCUGGAGCAUUCGUUGCUGCUAGAGAUCAUGACUGACAAUGGAGCCGGAACCAUGAUUAUAGGCUAAGGCUACAGUGUGUUGCACAAAGUCGUUUACAGUGAAGUCUACACUUGUUGAACAUUCACAAUGGAUAACUGAUGUUUGCGUUAGUCCAAGGACAUUAAAGAUUGCAACAUCUUCAGGUGACAGGACUGUCAAGGUUUGGGAUGUUGAUAAUCUAAACUGUGAUGUUACAAUCAACUUGCACUUCACAUUCAUUGUGUGAAAUCGAGUGUUUCAUGAGUGGACUGUAAGAUCCCACAUCGAUUGGAGAAAGGAACGAGUGCCGGCGAGGACGCUGGGCCCUGAAGGGGAGUGGAUUGUGAGAUCCCAUAGUAACGAAGGAGAGUGCGUUCAUAAGUUGAAUUGUAAUGGAAACACAUUUCGUGCCCAUGUUCUUCAUCCCACCAAUACUUCUCUUUUGAUCAUUGCCUCUCAUGAGUCACCGGAGCUUUGGGACAUGACAGAAAACAAGACAAGGACUCUGCUUGCUCAUGACAAGCUGGGAUCAGCAUUGGCUGCAUCAAAUGAUAGCUGUGUCAAAGUCUGGCAGUAACGAAUUCAACGAGCUCUCUUGUCCAACCAAAAUGAUUGAGACAAAGGAGGGGAAGGCACUUUGGGAAUACGAUAAGACCAAUUUGACGGAAGUGGAUGAGGUGGCACAAAAGUUAACUAGGUGGGUCCCACAGAGUGUUACUAAAAAAAGUCAAUGGACACACUGAUUGACUCCCGAAGGUCUUUCGGGAGACAGAAACAUCGGGAAGCCUUUCACUUUGUCGACACCUUGUCCAACCAUCCAUCAUUCCUUUUAUUAUCAUUAUUUUCAUUAAAUUAUACAAACUUAAUUUAUAAUGAUUUUUUAAAAAAUAAAUUUUGUUUCUGUUAAAAUUAGCUUUAAAUGUGUUCCUUAAAUGUCUUGAAUUUGUACCUAAACUAAGUAAAGUAUAUUAGAACAAAGCUGUAAUGGGUCA